CGUGCGUCGCGUUGCAGUAUAAAAGUAACUGAGUGCACGCAUUCAAUUUACAGUUGCAGUUCUCAGUUAAAAGCCUAAACAUGAAACUAUUGAUUCUAUCCACUUUGUUGGCCGUUGCAAGCGCUGCACCCGGCUUGCUGGAUCUUGGAUUGGGACACACCGCACCCGCCAUUAGCUAUGGACAUGCUGAGCCUGCGAUUACUUAUGCCCAUGCAGCGCCAGCCGUCACCUAUGCUGCAGCUGCUCCAGUCAUCAAGUCGUAUGCGCCAGCUAUUAGCUACGCAGCGCCAACUGUUGUGAAGUCAUAUGCGCCCGCUAUCAGUUAUGCUGCACCUGCUCCGGUCAUCAAGUCAUAUGCACCAGCCAUUAGCUACGCUGCUCCCACGUUGGUCAAGUCCUACGCCGCGCCAGUUGCUGUCGCAGCGCCAGUUGUCAAAGCCGUUGCUGCUCCGGCCACAAGCUACUCUCAUUUCAGUUCGGUUGUUUCCCACGCCACGCCCAUCAUCAAGUCAUACGCAGCCGCACCCAUUGUUAAGUCAUAUGCCGCACCAGCUAUUAGCUACGCUGCCCCAACCGUAGUCAAGUCCUAUGCUGCCCCAGCGAUCAGCUAUCAGCCAACAUUGCUAAAAUCAUACGCUGCUGCACCAGCUCUGACACUGGGUGGUUACGAUGGCUAUGGCUAUCACUAAGCAGCCACUGUCAUCUCCAGUGCGUGUUUUGGGUAGAGAUGGCCACAAUGAGGCGUACAAGUGAGAGGGAGCAAGUAACGAGAGAAUGAAAGAGAGAGAAUGAGAGAGUUGACAGCCGCACGAUUUCCAAAAC